CCGGAUAACGUUUCAAUGUUUUGAGUUCGCCGCCUUUUCUUCAGCCACAACACGUAAAUCGCUGGAAAUAUGUGCCACUACUAGUCGGGGCGGUUUUAUCUAGCUGUAGUUUGUGCUAAACCUAGACAGAAUGUUGACCUCCGAACUCGUCCAGCUGGUGCUGCUGUUCGGAUCAGGGUCGAUAUUUUUCCUGUUCGUCGUGCUGGGAAUAGUACUGAAGGUAACCACCACCCCAUUCCCGAAAAUUGUUCGCCACAAAGAUGAGCAAUUCUAUCGUGAUCCAAAUACCGGCGAGAAUCGCCGCUUUCCGUCCCUCGAUGACGAACCAACACUCGAGCUGAGUGUGAUUGUACCAGCCUUCGACGAGGAAAAAAGACUGCCCAUCAUGCUGGACGAAUGUCUGGAAUAUUUGGAAACUAGAGCGAAAGCGAAGAAGGACUUUACGUACGAAGUGAUCGUAGUGAGCGACGGAAGCCGCGAUCGGACAGUCGAGGUGGCACUCGAGUAUGCCAAGAAGCUGGGCACCGACAAGCUGCGAGUGCUGGCCCUGGUCGAGAACCGUGGCAAGGGUGGUGCGGUGCGCAUGGGUAUGCUGAGCAGUCGUGGCCGGUUUCUACUAUUCGCGGACGCGGACGGUGCGACCAAGUUUCCCGAUUACGCCAAACUGGAGCAAAGCAUGACCCAACUUAGCGGUGACGAUUGGCACCGUGAUGCGUUGGCGAUUGGAUCGCGGGCCCACCUCGAGCAAGAUGCCACAGCGAAGCGCACCCUGUUCCGCACAAUUUUAAUGCACGGAUUCCACCUGCUAGUGUGGACGUUUGCGGUGAAGCGAGUACGUGACACGCAGUGUGGCUUCAAGCUGCUGACGCGUUCGGCAGCGCGCAAACUGUUCCUCGUGAUGCACGUGGAACGCUGGGCGUUCGACGUGGAGCUGCUGUUCAUUGCCCAAUCCUACCGGAUGCCGAUCGAGGAGAUUGCCGUCAACUGGACGGAGAUCGAAGGAUCGAAGCUGACGCCGUUCUGGUCGUGGCUGCAGAUGGGCCGCGAUCUGAUGCUGAUCUGGUUCCGGUACGCGAUCGGUGCGUGGCAGCUGAAGCGCGAGCAUUCCAACUGAACGACGGCCCGACUCGAAUAAGCAUCGUUUUCCUUUCUCCGUUAGUAAUGAUAAUAUGGCGAAUAAUAAACCGGCCCGAUAGAUGCUGGAAGUCCCUUUAAAAA